UCUAUCUGUCUGUCUCUCUCUCUGUCUCUCUGUCUGCCUGUCUGUCUUUCUCCAUAUCUCCAUGUCUGUCUCUUUGUUUGUCUGCCUCUCUGUCUGUCUCUCUCUCUCUCUAACUCACAUGGGUGUGCACACACACACACACACACACACGCACACAUUUCCUCAGUUGCAAGUUUCAGGUUCAGUUCAGCGAAAGAGUGAGAAAGAGAACUGAGAAACAGAAAGAGAGGGAUGGAGGGGAGGAGAAAGAGAGACAGUGCAGAAGGUAGCAGAGUAAGAAGGGGUAGGCAGAGGUAGAGAGAACUCUGUGAGAGACACAUAAACACGCAGAGACAGAGAUCAGUGGUGUGAGAUGAGCAGAUGUGUGUGUUUGCUGGUGCUGUUAUUCAGCAUCUUUAGAAGAGGUCUGAGCUCGUCAUCUGCUGUGACUCAGACUGUUAUACCAGGACAAAACAUCACCCUGCACUGCAACAUCUCCACUAGCAAUGAGAUGGGCUGGUACCGGCAUAUCAAGGAUGAGCUCACAAUGAUCAUGUCAGCCACAACAGGAAAUCUUAAUAAAGAGCCAGCAGUGAAUUACAAUGAAGAUCCUGAACACUUCCAGGCACUUUUUCAAACUAAUUCGGGACACGACCUCUGUGUCUUUCUGAUCAUCGUGGACAUCAGACUGUCUGAUAUAGGCCUGUAUUACUGUGGUGCCAGACACACCAGGGGGGGGAGUGUGAACUUCGCAAGAGCUACCUCUCUGCAGUUUACAGAUGCGGUGAAGUACACGUCAGGGAGUGCGCAGUGCUGGACGGCUCUCAUUUCUGUCUUCUGUGCACUCACUCUCAUGUUCACGCUCUGCCUCGGUCUCGUCUACAAACGAGGCCUUCCUUCAUCCUCCUGUAUGAAGUGUGUGAAAGAUAAUGACAUGAAGGAGACGGAUUUGCAGUAUGCAAGUCUCAGACACAAUGCAACACCUCGGGAGAGAAACGCUCCAGCUGCUAACCACAACGUGACCUAUGACACUGUUGCCAAAAAGGUCACCAAAAGUCCCAGAGUUUAAGCUUAAACGUCUGCGUUACUACUUACGUGUGUGUGUGUGUGUGUGUGUGUGUGUGUGUGUGUGUGUGCGUGUGCGCGCACGCGCGUGUCUGUGUGUGUGUGAGACAGAGAGAGAGAGAACAAGACCAAAUAUACAGUAACUUACAUCACACCCAUACAGAUGUUUCUUCAUAUUCAGUAUCAGUUUAUUUAUUACGUUUGGCUUAUUUGCAUAUCAUUUGCAUAUUUUUAUUGUAGCUUAAAGAAAAACAUAUAUGUAGCUUAAAAUCCUUUAUGUAUAAAUGCAGAGUGUUUAAAAAGCCAGUGUUUAAAUCUGUCAUGUAGCAUUGUCGUGGUGUUUAAGCCUGUACCAGCAGUGUGAUAGGAAUAAAUAAAUCAUGCGCAUGAAUAAUAAAUCAGAUUUAAGUGAAUAAAUAAAGCGCUUUUUGUGUUUACACACGGCUGAUUCUUAGGUGUGUGUGAAUAAAAAGACGGAUUUCUGGACUUUCCCUGAAUUUACGUACUGUUUAUCACAAACGAUUAUCCACUUCCUUUCAUCACUUCUUCAGUGAGUUAAAGCCAAGACGCCAUUUUUAGGUGAAGUCCCAGG